ACUUCGCGAUGCGGCACCAUAUCUGAGCUCAGUCGAAACAGAUUCUUUUUUAAAAUGAUGGGAACAGGUUAUCCAGGGCCACCAGUCACCAUGGAUUCAAUACCAGUUCCUUUUAUGCCAUACAAAACAGUACAUCGCGAAUUGCAAGCUAAAUUCAAUAAAUGUUUAAUUUUCGGCAUCGUGUUUUAUACGCUUUCGCUCUCUUUGGCUUUCUAUGACGGUGUUUUCAUGGUCGAAUCACUCCGUACUCCGUUAAGUUAUAGAUAUCGUAACAAAUCAAAUAAGUAA